GGAGACCGCAUUCACGCUAUCAUAAAAAGGCCACAGUCGGAGGUUUACAAGACCAUGAUCAAGGAAAACAAAAUUUACGCUCUACGGACGUUUUUGGUCCUGGACAACUACCAAACUGUCAAAACAAGUGAUCAUCCUUAUCUGAUUCAAUUCAUCAGCAAAACUCAGUUCACCGAAGACACGAGGACAGAAUUGCCAAUGAUGGUGUACGACUUUCAGCCAUUUGACAUGCUUCAGGCUCAACGCAUCGUCAACGACAAAAAAUUGAUUGAUUUCCUUCAGAUGGUGAUGACAGCGUCACAACCAUAGCCGUCUCACAAUCUUCCCACGGUGAUGGGAGCCGUGAAGAUGUCCUUGCGAGCAAGGCUGUCAUAACGACUAUUCAGGAAUUGGUUAAGGCUACAGAGGAUGAGGUUUAUUGGAUCAUCGGAGACAUUGUGUCUCUUGAAAACUAUAGAGAAUGAUGUUACCUAGGCUGCCCCACAUGCCACAAAAAACUAAAACCAGAGGAUGAUAGGUUCAUGUGUACCAUUUGCCAUGUCACAAUGGCAGAUGGGGUGUAUCGGUAAGAGAAUUGCUAUUGUAUGUAGCUAUGAUUUGUAUGAAUCGAGUCCACUGAAAAUAUUUGGCAUUCAUUUUAGGUACAAAGUCAGCAUUUGCAUCAUGGACCAGACUGGUCAUUUAACCUUCAUUAUGUGGGACAGAGAAUGUAUUGAAGUUUUUGGAAAAACAUUUGCUUAUCUAAUGGCUGAGAUGGAGAAGGCAAAAGCUUGAUUUCAAUAUAAAUUUUAAAUUUUAAAUUAUCAAAAUAAAAAACUUUAUGACUAAUGUAAAAGGUCUGAAUAAAACAGUAGACUGAAGACCAAACUCGAUUUCCAGAAGACAUAGAAAGUUUGGUUGACCAAAAGGGCCUGUUUAAAAUUCAACCAAAGACAAAAAGUGAGGAGAAUACUUACAAGAUAACAAAGUCAUUUACUGUGGUGACCAUGAUACGAGACCCUAAGGUUCUGGCAUUGUAUGAAACGGAUAAGGAACAGCAAUUGGUUCAUGACACUCCAACUGAGAAGAUUGGGUCAAGUCUCCACAAUGGUGAAAGUUCUACAGCGAGGAAAAAAGGGAAAGAUGUCCAAAAACAAGAGGUUGUCGAGGCAAUUGACCUCCCAGACUCACCCCCACUGGGUACGCAGAAGGAGGUGGUGGUGGAAAUGGAUGGAAAACUCAAAAGGAAUCUGAUAGAUGAAUUCUCUACAAGUGGUGCCGUGAAGAAGCUGAAGAUAAAAAUCAAAGAAGAACCAUUCUGAAGAACAAGGGCCGGUCUGUUGGUCGGGGCUUAUAUUUUGUGCUGAAAUCCUUGGACUUAUAUAUUUUGUUUUGGGUUGUAGCCUUAAACACUAUUUUGGGCAUUAUUGUGUCUUACUUUCGGCAGUGUGGAGAAACUAAG